CAACAUCAAAAUUAUCAGCGUUCAACUCGUUUUCCAUUUUCACAUUAUUUCUGUGUGCAAUCAUUCAUCCAUUCUGGAUGUUCAGCGUUACCCUGUUACCUAUCUAUAACUGAUCAUAAAUGGGCAAAAAAGAACACGAAGAAGACGGCGACGAUGACGACGAAUGGCAAUUUUUACCCAUCCUAAUUAAGACGUACGAGAAGUUGACACCGGCGAAAAUGUUGUCCAGCAGGGUUCCAAAUAUGCCCGAUUACAGCUAUUCGAGUAUCCUUGAUGCUAUGAAGGAGUUGUACGAAGACGUACAGUCUUUGGGCUACGCCAAGCCGUCACUAUUGGAGCAAGUUAUGCUGGUUUGGCUCAUGGAUGUCGCUCCGGAAAAGGUGACCGAUAACAACGUCAAAGCAAUUCACGAAUUCGCUUGUGCAGUCGGCGACAAAGUGAAGGAGAAAGCCAGGUAUCCUCCAGAAACUGCCAUUGCUUUGGUUAGAAUUGACAGCUUACUAGGGAGGGUGUCAGAGAUAAUAGGUCGUAUUAAAAAGCAGUCUUCUGGUAGUAGAAAUAGAAGGACUUCUUCUAGACAGAAUAAAAUUCCUUCCAUCGGACCUUCUCCAAGGUUUGCCAUUGUUGCUUAUUGA